UCUGCUAUGACUUUCCCUUUCGUUUGGUAAUUCAAGCAACAACUCUGUUAUUUUCGUUUAAUUAUGCUCUAAAUGUACUUAUUUCUCAGUUCUUGAGGAUGAAUAGCCAGGAUUCUCUGUUCAGCUCGUCUUCUUCUGUGAAAACGGAAGCAUUUUCAAGUCCAUCUCUGACGGAACAAAAACAACAGGUUGAGAAUUUCACAUGGAUACAGUGUGACAAUGUCAACUGUCAGAAAUGGAGGAAGAUCCCAGCCAAUGAGGGGGACCACUAUGAUGACGUUGAUUGGUUCUGUUACAUGAACUCUGACCCUGAAUACAACAGCUGUGAUGCCGUGGAGGAGGACUACACAGCCUAUGACCGUCUGGCCAGGAAGCUGGGAUUCAAGUACAUCAUGUCCUGCCUUCCUGUUGGAUCCCUGGUAUGGGCCCAGUCAACAGGAUAUUGCAGAUGGCCUGCCCUGGUGACAGUAGACCCUCAGUACCAUUACCACUAUGAGGUGGACAGAGAUGGCGACCCAUACAGGUACCAUGUCGAGUACCUGGGGAAGAAUCAUUGUCACGCCUGGAUCCCCGCCAUGAGGGUCACUCUGUAUGGACACAAAGAGGACACAUGUCAGGAUGAACAGAAGAACAAGCCUGUCAAGAGUACAUCCAGGAAGUGGAAGAAGAAAAAGAAACUUUCACUGCAAACGAAAUCCCAGAGACUGGAGGUUUACAAGAAAUACACUGUGACUGAGGCCAUCAGAGAGGCAGACCUUCUGAUUCCUCUGACUGUAGACGAGAGACUUGAAGCAGCAUGUCAGUUCAAGGAAAGCAACUUUAGGCAGCUCAGGGACUUAGAGACCAAAGAAGAAAAUGGAAGAUCAAGCAGCAUGACCAGAGAGAGCGAGUGUAAGUGUAAGAAGACUCAAGGUGCCAAGAGGGGCCGUAAAAGAAGCAGCCAGCCCACAGCUGAUAGAAAAAAUAAUAGGGAUAUGAAGAACUUCAUAGAGAGAAGUGUAAAAAGUAAAACAACCUCCCUUAUGAAAAUAGAGGGUAAGAGGAGAUCAGAGGAAAACCAUGAAAGUAGGACAAAGUAUUCCACAAAGAGAAGCAACUUGUCUGUGGAGGAAAGAGUACCAAACUCAAGUUCUGCAAAACAGUCCAUGUAUGAGGAUACUGCAUUGACCAUGACUUGCAGUGAUACUGAUGAGAAGAAUAUAGACAUGUUUAGAUUUGAGGACCUAGAAAUGAAUAAUUCCCUACUGAAUAGAAGUCAAGAGGAAAGAUUUGCCAUCAAUGUACAACAAUACAAAAGGAAUGAGCAAGCAUUUGACCAUGACCUUCAUAGGUUUAUGUUGAGGAAUGGCCUCCAAAUUCAGACGAAGACGACCUGGCACCACACCAAGGUCGGUCUAUUCCAGCUCUUCAUGGCCGUGUUUGAGAGAGGAGGCUAUCAAAAGGUUUGUGAAACCAUGCAAUGGUCAUCAGUGUACAGAGAAAUAACAGACAGUGCAGCCCAGGGGCAGUGUGGACACAGGGCCAAAGUGUUUUAUCAUAAAAACGUAUAUCCUUACGAGCUGUACAUCCAAGGAAAGAACUACCAGGAGAUCAUCAAAUGCCUGAAAGUGAGAGGAAAGAAAAGUGGAAGUCCUGUUAAAGCAGACCCUGACCUCUCCAGUAAAAAGAUCAAAACUGACAGGGUAUCAGAAGAACACAAUUCUAGAGACUGCCUUGAUACACUGUUGCCUGAAGAAAAAUCUGUGGAUUUGGGUCAUAUGCUCCAAGAACUCCACCAGAAUUCUGACAAAAUUUUCCAACUUCAGGACGAAAUAGAAGGAGAGCAGAAACGACUUGGAAUCUGUAUCAAAUUUCAUGAGGAUUCUACCCCCCGCGAUCUUUCGGAUGGAAUUGUGGAAGCCAACACCCCAUCAGAAUUCAUGCAGGCUAGCUUACCAGAUAAGGGCUGUCAGUUUGUACCCAGUGUCCACUUUACAUCUAGUGAGAGCAGCCAUAGCUGUGGGCUACUGCAUGAGUUACGGGCCCUGGAAAACGAGUUUGAAGAGCUUGACGAGGAAAUCAACUUGCUAAUAGAAGAAAACAAUUGUCUAUGA